ACAUCCACAACCCUGGAGAACCCAAGAAAUGGCUUGGUAGGCCUGAAUACUAAGACUUUGACAACCCUGGAGAGCCCAGGAGAUGGCUUGGUAGGCCUGAAUACUAAGACUUUGACAACCUUGGAGAGCCCAGGAGAUAGUUCGGUAGGCCUGGACACUGAGAAAUUCACGACCUUGGAGAGCCCAGGAAAUGGCUUGUUGAGCCCGGACAAUGGCACCUCCUUCAUCCUGAGUCUCAGUGGGUCUCAUGUGGUUAAUAAUGCAGAUUUUAUAAAAACAGAAGACCCGACUAAUCCUAAUGAAGAGACGUCUGGUCCUGUGUUGGUCUUGUGUAAUCCUACAGAUGUCUUUACCAUCAGAAGUGGAGGACAAGCACUGACCGGUACGCCUCCCUCAGAAACAGAUUUCCUGACCGUCAUUCAGAUGGAGGAUCUCCAUGCUCGCUCGAAGGGAGAGCUGAGCACCAUCCAGGCAGAGCUGUGGGAUGUCCAUUCUGGUUGUUCCAAUGUUCUGUUGAAUAGAAAUAUGGAGGCCCACCAGCAGCAGUCAGAGGCCGUGUUUCCCGUGGCCCUGGUGAUUCCACACAAUACAAUUAUACCUCAGAAUUCCUGGAUAGGAGACCACGGGACUCUCCUUGUGGACACACCACAGUGGUGUAGACAGUUUCAAGUGGCAGAUUGUCAGCAGGUUGAUGGGAAAGGUUAUGGGUCGGCUCCACCAGCUGAAUGGACAAAGCAAGACGACCUGGGAGCCCCCCUCUUAUAGAUAAGUCAUUUCAGUGUUCCAUUUGCAAAAAAAGUUUCCUGUACAACCAACAUCUGAAGAACCACGAGAAGAUUCACAAAGAGGACAAGUCAUUGAAGCAGCCAACGUGUGAGACACACAUCAGUUCCAAACAGAAUUUGUCGGGUAACCAAGAGACGCAUCCCAUUACUUCCCAGAGUGACCACGUUGUGUCCACAGAUGGACCUUUGCAGUCCACAAAGCUCUUCUCAUGUGUAGAGUGUGGACGGACUUUCUCAUAUCUCUUCCAGUUCAAUCGGCAUCAGAAGAUUCACGCUCGGGACAGACUAUUACUGCGACCUGUGGCCCCUCCACCAAAGAAAGUCUACAAACUUCCACAGUUCCUCCCGGCCAGGAGCAGAGAAGAGGACACAAAGCUGGACGCCACAGGAGACUCCUGCCGGAAAAUGCACCAACACCUAGAGCUCUCCACGGCUUUCCUGCAGAACCUCCUGGCCUCCACCUGUGGCUUCCAGUACGAUUAG